CUGACUUUAUAAGAAUAAUUUGCCAUAAUUUAUGUUCAGUGUGUUUAAUUUUACAUUUUAAACACAAAUAUACCUUGUUUUAGUACAAGUAAAAUAGCAACUUUUGGACAUCAAUCUACCGUUUCCAUCUAAAAUUCGGUGGAGUUUUUAGUCAAUCAUGACGGAGACAAUGGCAUUGAGUGGAAACUGUAGGACUAACCCUACGUCCAAAGACCAAGGAUCUAUUCAGAAUAGUUUCCCAGAUGUUGUAGAAUUAAAUGUUGGGGGACAGGUGUAUUACACACGUCAUGCAACGUUAGUAAGCACCCCGAAUUCCUUGCUGGGAAAUAUAUUCUCACCCAAGAAAGAUGCCACUAACGACUUGGCGCGGGACCCUAAGGGACGCUAUUUUAUCGACAGAGAUGGAUUUUUAUUUCGAUAUGUUCUGGACUUCCUCAGAGACAAACAAGUUGUACUGCCCGACCAUUUUCCAGAGAAGGGGAGGCUUAGGAAAGAGGCGGAGUACUUUCAGUUGUCAGACAUGGUCAAACUAUUGACCCCCGAAGAUUUAAAACACAGUCCAGACGAAUACUUCCACAGUGAUUUUGAAGAUGGUUCUCAUGGCAGCGACCACAAGAUGUGUCCGCCGUCAUCACUGGUCCCGGCGGACAGAAAAAGUGGGUUCAUUACAGUUGGUUACAGGGGCUCUUGCACAGUGGGCAGAGAGAGUCAAUCUGACGCCAAAUUCAGAAGGGUCCCGCGGAUUUUGAUUUGUGGGAGGGUCGCGUUAGCCAAGGAAGUUUUUGGCGAGACCUUGAAUGAGAGUCGAGACCCAGACAGGACACCGGAUCGAUAUACUUCCAGGUUUUACCUGAAGUUCAAACACCUUGAGAGAUCAUUUGACAUCCUGUCAGAGUGUGGUUUCCAGAUGGUUGCCUGUAACUCUUCAGUCACAGCGUCCUCCGUGAAUCGACACACAGAGGACAAGAUCUGGUCAAGUUACACUGAAUACAUCUUCUAUCAGAAUUUUGCAGAAUGUGCAACCGGCCUCACAACCCCAGACCACGUGUUAUCACAGCAGCCCAGGACCUCCACAUCCGGCUUCUUCACCUGUGUGAUCGUUUGA